AAAGGUUUCAAAAAAAAAAAAUCAGACCAACAUGGGACGACUCAGGUGACCAGAGCUCGAAUUCGAUGAGAUUUUGUAUAAAGUCUGGUCGAUUUUGUGUCUAAUUUGCCAUAAAACAACAAUAAAAAGCCCGAGUCGACUUUGAACUCUGCUCAGACCUUCUUAAUUAUUCUCUAGAAGCAUAAGUGGACUUAAAACUCUAAAAUUGAGUGUCAUGCUUUAAAAAAAAUUCUAAGCUCAUACAAAAAAUAACGGUUAAAAUAAUUUUAAAUUUGAACCUCGAAAGUUCAAAUUCAAAAUAAACGUAAACAUUCUUAAUAAUAACAAAAAUGCUGAUCGUCAAAUUAAUUUUUUUUAAAUUUUUGAGAUUCUAGCAACAUUUCCUUAUUAAAAACAUCAAUAUUGUUGUGUCCAAAAAGUUAAUGACAACAGGUAGACACUUCUAAGAUUGCGAAACUUAAAAAUUCAAGAAUAUUUUUUGAUUAAUCAUCAGCAACAUUAUGAGAAGUUUUGUUCAGUAGAAUAUAGUCAAAAGGUGUGAAAUCUAUAGCAAUAUCUGAAGUAUUGGCAAUGGAACUAAAAUAACAAAAAUAAGUUUGGAGAAUAAAAUUAAAAAAAUCUUCAAAAACUCAUAAAAGCUUCAAAACCGGCUCACAUCAAAUCAACUCUUAAAUCUCCAAAUUAACUACAACAUCAAGCAUCAUCAUGGACGGCUUUGACAGCAUAAAAAUUGAAAUUCCAGAGAAUUUCCACAUUACACUAAUAGAACCAGAGGAUGACGAAUUCGAGCAACAAUUUGAAAUCAUUCAGGACGACAACUCAGGACUUGAAUCUAAAAUUGAUAACCAUAGAAGUGGAUUAAAAGCUGUUGAGACUGCAAACAGUAAGAAAAGCAAUGGUUAUGAUGUUAAGAAGAGACGGGCAAUGUCAGAAGAUGAGGAUGAUCAUAAGUCAGGAAGUAAAAGCAUCAAAACUCCAUCAACAAUCAGGAAGACGAGCAUUAAGUUGACUACACCAGACACAUCUGCAUCCCAAGAUGAAAUCAUUAGCGAACAGCUUCAAAAUACCAAAAAGCCAAAUCAAUUUAAAACUGAGCUCAACAGACUCAAGAUUCAUGGCCGUCCAUCCGAUUACUUUAGUAGUUUUUCUCAGCUCCCCAAAGACAGAGAAGCAAGAAGGAAAGCAGCAUCAACAUCUAAAUUAAUUGCUGACAUUAUAAAUCAGAAUGAGGAGUUGGAUGUAUUUGGAGGAAUAAAAUCUAUAAAAUCGGAAAUAAGCCAUAGGAAUGUGCCUAAAACUAAGUUUGUAAGAAAAUCGGACAACUUUAUAAGAAAUUCUGAAAACGACGGCAGAAAUUCAAUAUUUUUGGAUCGAUUUGCUCAAAAUUCUGUAGAAUUGGCUUCAAAUUCGACAUUUAGUGUCCGAAAUUCAUUCAAUUUGAAUCCAAAAGCUUCAACUUUGGGUUCAACUGAAUCAAAAAUUAAAAAAAGUGCAACAAAUUUGGAUCAAAAUGUAUCAGAAGUGUCCAACAAUGUGAAAAUUUUGAGGAAUUCACAAGAAAAUUCCAAAAUUUCACCAGCAUCAAAAAUGCUGAUUAAUCCUGCAAAUUUCAUAAAAAAUUCACCAAAUUUCAACAAAACUUUACCAAAAAAGCUACAAGGUUCUUCAAAAAAUCCACAAAACUGUGUCAAUUUGACCUUACCAUCAUUCAAAGAACCAACAGGUACCUCGCAUUCCUUAAAUCAAACAUCGCAACCUCAUUCAAAGCCAAGUUCUCAAGCCGCUGCACAAACCCAAGAAUCCAAACGUCCAAUUAAAGAAGAACCAAUUUCACCACAAAAACAGUUUGCAUCCCCUGAAAAAAUGACAAUAAAAAUCGAUCCAACAGAAUUUGAGCAGCCAAGAGUCUUUAAUUGUAAUCGAUGCCGACGGACAUUCGGAUCAAUCAAGUCAUUGGAGAAUCACAAAUAUCGAGUACAUAGUAAUCUAUCGAGUUUUGUUAAGAAUGUAAACAAGAUCAAAAAAUAUAAAGAAUGUCAAUUUUGUGGUGCAACUGUGACUCUUCCAGUCGUUAAACUUCAUGAAAAGAGGAAGCAAAAGUUUGGCACUUGUCAUAAUAAAAUCUGUCCAAUUUGUCAUGAGCCAUUGAUUAAGUUGCUGGAUGAACAUAUGAAGGAACAGCAUCCAAAAGUGAGGAAUUUUUGCAUAUUUUGUGGUAAAAAACUUAAAACUUGGGUAACUUGUUUAUAUCAUAUGAAGAAUAAUCAUGGAACUGAGUAUGCUGAAUGGAGGGCAGCAUUGAGAAAGAAUGGCGAGAAGAAGUUUGCGGAAGCUAGUGCAAAAGAUGUGGAACAAGAUUAUUUUCAUGAAGUUAUUGUUAAUCAUUUGAAUUUAAAUGAAUCAAUUUAAUAAAAAUUGGAUGAAAAUUUUUUUUAUAAAAAAAUUCCAA